UCUAUCUGUGGCUACAGCUUUAAAUUUUUGAAAGGCCAGAAGGCGGUCAUUCAAUCCCAGAACUCAAUGCGGUGAAGAUGGCGGCGGUCUUGGAAAGGAGUUUUAUAGAGAUAUGUGGAUUUGAGAGGGAAACCCUACCAAGAUUCCGGGAGAUAACUGUAAACCUCGGUCUGAAUGCUCUUCCUGGCGGUGUAAAAUACCCGGACAGUGCAGGAGGCUUUCAUUAUGAGGAGAGUGGAAAACUCCUGUCCAUCACAAGCAACAGAUGCAUACACUGGUCCACCUCUGGGGACACAGUUCAGCUGGUGGAGCAGUCUCUGGACACCAACCUACUGAACAAUGCUGUUAAACUCAAGAUCACACACUGCCACCUGCUGCCUGGAGGUGUCCACAUCCAGGAGACCCUCAACAAUGUCAUCAUCCUCAUUGUCACCAAUCAGACCGUGCACCGGCUGGUGCUGCCACACCCCACACGCAUGUACCGCAGUGAGCUGGUGACCGAGCUCCAGAUGCAGUCUAUCUUCACAGACGUGGGGAAGCUGAGUCUUCAGGACCCAGCCCACAGCGCGGCGAUCCCCAGCCCCGUAGGCCAGACAGCAGGCCCCUCCGCCUCGGCAGCCUGGCUCAGCCACCAGGGAGAGGCCCACUAUGCCCUGGCAUCACCUGCUGGGGGCAUCCUGGUCAUCACACUGCCCCCACAUGACACACAGGGUAGCAUAACCAUUCUGGAGCUGAAGAGGAGCUCUGUAAUGCAGAGACUCGCUGGCUGGAUGCCAACUGCAAUCAGAGGUGAGCAGAGUCCUGGAGACUUGGCCCUGAGUCUGGCAGUAAGGGAACUGGAGGACGACACCUUCAUAUUCGCUCUGUGUCAGGACCAUAAACUACGCAUGUGGUCCUAUAGGGACCAGGUGUGUCUGAUGGAGACUGACAUGUUGGAGUACAUGCCAGCGUGCCGUGGCGUGAAGGGUUCCCCAGGGCAGGGCCAUCGGCUGCGGCUAGCCUUCUCCCCCUCUACGGGGCUGUGUCUGGCCGUAUACCUGGCUGUACCUUCCAGGGGACAGUUCACUGUUCUGCAGCUGGUGGCCACGGACAACAAUCGCUACAGCCUGGACCACAUCUCCUCUCUUUUUGCCACACAGGAGACACUGGUGGACUUUGCUCUGACCUCAACGGACAUCUGGGGCCUGUGGCUUGACGAUACCAACCAGACCGUGGUGAAAUACAUCAACUUUGAACAUUCCACGGCAGGUCAGUGGAACCAGGUUUUUGUGCAGCCUGCCCCCGAGGAGGAGGUCCACAUCGGCGCAGACCAGGACCCCAGGGAGACCUACCUGGACAUGCUGUUCUCCCCCCUGAGAUUCACUGCCUCUGCUAUAGUCAAAGCCUUACAGAUUUACAGGAGAGGCACAGAGCGAAUCGCUGACCUCCCCUGGGAGACCCUCAAGAAAGAAGUGACGGUGGCGGUGGAGAACGAGCUGCAGAGCAGUGUGACAGAGUUUGAGUUUAGCCAGGAGGAGUACAGGCAGCUGCAAGUGGAGUUCUGGUCUAAAUUCUACGCCUGCUGUCUGCAGUACCAGGAGGCUCUGGCCACUCCGCUCGGCCUACUGCUCAACCCACACACACACAUGGUCUGUUUGCUCAAGAAGGGCUUUGUGUCAUUCCUGCUGCCCUGCUUUGCUGUGGACCACAUGUACCUGUCCUUUGACGAGUACCUGUUCUCAGAGGAGGAUACGCCUGUCAGUGAAGACCCAGAAGUUGCUCGUGACGUGAUGCAGCUGGUGCAGUGUCUGAGGCUGGUGAGUGACGCGGUUCCGGGGGACAUGGCCUAUGAGAUGGAGAAGGCCCUGGAACAUUUACAGUCACCUGAGAGGGCUGCAGAGAUGGUGCUGGAGAACCUACUGGCCAAUGACAAUGAGAAUGUGAUCGAGGACAUUCAGAACAAGCUGCAGGACAUCCGUAACCCGGUGUCGGCCAUGGCUGCACUGAUCAGAGAGAUGGACCUGGAGACGGACUCCGAGCCAGGAGGAGAGGGACCUCUCACCACAGCAGGCCUGUCAGUGCGUAUUAGUCUGUCCCAACUGUAUGGCAGCAGUGUGGCAGUGGCUGUUAUCUGUCAGGCUGUCUGCCAGAUGGCCAUGACCAGAGUCCUGUUCUGUAGGGACCUACUCAUACUGCAGCAGCUCUACCUACGCCUCGGAGACAAUGUGUUCCUGGCUGGAGGGGAUCAGCUGCUCCAGCUACAACAGGACCUAAUCCCCCGCUCCUCUCACCUGCUCUCCUCCUACUAUCUCCUCAAACACAUCAGCCAGAGCCUGGCCACUGCCGUGCCCCUCGACAUUAUAGAUGCCAACCUGCAGCACCUUUCAGUCUUAGAGCUGUCUGAUUCUCCAGCCCUGGCCAGCAACAGAUCAGUGUUGAGCCCUCAGACGGUGGUGGAGCUGUUCUACCAGAGCGUAGCGCGGAAGGCCAUCGUCACCCAGAUCUACUCCCAGCAGCAGAGCACGGCUCUACUCCACUGGCCCCAAAUGGUCUCCAGCGUGGUCACCUUGCUGGCUCAGCAACUUUGGCCUAACAAUCCAGGCUUCCAGUUCCCUGAAUGUCUGAUGGGCAACUGCCAGUACACACAACUGCAGGAGUAUGUGCGUCUCAUUGGGCCCUGGUGUCAGGUGAACGUGGGCUCCUGCCGCUUCAUGCUGGGCCAGUGUUACCUGGCCAACGGAGAGGGACAGAAGGCACUGCAGUGUUUUCAGGAGGCAGCGACAGAGGUGGAGAAAGAGGAGUUUCUGCUGAGAUUGACAGGAGCUGAGGAGGAGGAGGUCACAGCCGCCUCAAGACUACAGUACUACAACAAGGUGUUGCGAUUACUGGAGGAUGUUGGUCUACCAGAGCUGGUCAUCCAUCUAGCCACUCUGGCCAUAACGGAGGCCGUCAACGACCCCAGGAGUCAGGCUGCCCUGUGGACCCGCAUCUUCAAGCACCACCUGGACCUGGGACACAACAGCCAAGCCUACGAAGCCCUCACACAGAACCCUGACUCCAGCAGGCAGUUGGACUGUCUGCGUCAGCUGGUGGUGGUUCUUUGUGAACGCUCUCAACUUCAGGAUCUGGUCCAGUUCUCCUACGUCAACCUGCACGACGAGGUGGUCGGCAUCAUAGAGUCCAGGGCCAGAGCAGUGGACCUGAUGUCUCACAACUACUACGAGCUGCUCUACGCCUUCCACAUCAACAGACACAACUACAGGAAAGCGGGUACAGUGAUGUUUGAGUACGGCAUGCGUCUGGGCAGGGAGGUGAGGACCCAGCUAGGUCUCCAGAAACAGGUUAACUGUUACCUGGCCUCCCUCAACUGUCUACGACUCAUCAGACCUGACUACGCCUGGAUCGUACAGCCGUCCUCUGGCGCGGUGUAUGAGAGGCCUGGCGCGUCACCGAAGAGGAACUACGACGGAGAGUUUGCUACUGGUCCAGUGAGUGGUCAGAUCGACAUCCUGGAGCUGAAGGACCUUCAGAAGGAGUACACCCUGGCCCGUAGCCGCCUCAACCUGGCUCAGCACCACCCGCCGUCCGCUGCCAUCGCAGGCAGUGCCUCUGCAGUAGAGAUGGUGUCCCUGCUGGUUCAAACAGGACUGUUUGACUGUGCCCUCUCACUAUGCCAGACCUUCAAACUGUCCCUCACACCCAUCUUCGAGGGGCUCGCCUUCAAGUGUAUAAAGUUACAGUACGGUGGAGAGGAGAGUCAGAAUGAAGCCUGGAACUGGCUGGCUGCCAAUCAGCUGUCUACCAUCAUCACAACCAAAGAGUCAAGUGCGACAGAUGAGGCUUGGCGCCUGCUGGCCUCCUACCUGGAGAAGCACCCCACACAGAAUGCUCAGCACCAUCGCUGUGUCAUCAACAAGCUGCUGUCACACGGUGUACCAUUGCCGGACUGGAUGGUCAACACCUACAAGGGCGUGGACGCUGCAGCGUUGUUACGGCUCUACCUGAACUAUGACCUGCUGGAGGAAGCAGCUGAGCUGGUGUUGGAGUACGUAGAUGCUCUCCUGGGGAAGGGACACCAGUACUUCGGCAUUGAGAGGCCCCUCUCUGCUACAGCAUCAUUGGUGUGGCUCCCAUACACUUCCAUCGACCAGCUUCUUCAGGCGCUCAACGAGACCCAGACUAAUGCCAGUAUAUACAACAAACUGCAGGACAAGCUGAAUGACUACCACAAACUGGUGGACCAGACAACAAGGCGAAGACUCCAGGCCCAGUAGCACCUCAGUCAGAACACAGGCUCAAUCUCAAUUAAUCUUUCCUCCUCACCUUAACCGUAUUGGAAAGAAUGUGAUGAAUCAAGGGAAGACUAAUUGAAAGAGCCAUAGCACUGCCCCUCCAUAUGGUGCGCUUACUGUCAUGACUCUGGAAGAAGAUAAAUACACCUAUUUUUGUAUUAAGGUUCAAAUAAACACUUUGUAUGAACCUCACCAGAUUGAGUUCAGGAAAAGAGUGCAUCUUACCUGCUUGUUGCUCAAAUGUACUGUAUAUAUUGUCUGAGUUCCAACUAACAAUUCAAGGUGUUUUCACCUCUGGAGACAAUGUAUUUUUUACAUUGUAAUCAUAUUGAAACAUGUUCUUUUGUACUUUGCUGCCUGUGAACUUUUACAAUCAUGUUUGUUGUAAAUUGUAAUGCAAUUAAAGUUUUCCUUGGUAUUGAGAA